AUGAUUAAAUUUUGGCAUGAUGGUAAUAUUCAUAAUCCACCAAGAGGUGCCUCUACAAUUUUUAAGGAAGGGUACGCCAACUACAUUUUUAAAUAUAUUCCUAAAGAUGAAGUAAGAAUAAGUGUAGGUGCAGUGCCGAAUAGUCCACCUCACUUUGGUACCAUAAUUACCUUCUCACUUGCUUUUUCUCUUGCUCAACGAUUAGAAAAACUUGGUAAAAUUGUGACAGUUAUAGUUGGAAUGGUAGACACAAUAGCUUUAGAUACAGAUAUAUAUAGUUUUAAUGAUGUUGAAUACCAAAAAGUAUUGCUUAUACUGGAGAAAGCCCCGGAAAUAAUUAUGAAAUUAAUAAAUGAGCGAGAAAAAGUUGGACAAUCAUUAUUUCCCUCAACGAAGUGUCUCGCAUUAAGGAUGGCUUGUCCUCAAUGUGGCUUGGCAGACAAAUCUGGAAUAAAAAAUUGUUAUAAUGAUAAUAUAAUUAGUUUUUUUUGCCCUAAUCAUGGCUGGUAUUCAAUUGAUAUAGAAAAAGACGAUUUGCAAACAUUGCAGUAUGAAACUCAAUUAAGAAGUUUAGUGAGAGGUUUAUUAUACACUGAGGAUAAUAAAGACAAAGAUCCCUUAGUACUUGAUUGGGCAAGGGUUAAAUUAUCAAAAUCAAUUCUUGUUAAAGGAGGCUACAAGUAUUUGACUAAGCAGGAAAUAGAUUAUUUUAUUCAUUAUAGAAAAUUUAAUGAAAAGUUUGAUAGAAAAGGAUUAGAAAUUUUAUUUGAUGAAGUAAAUCUCUGGUUGGAUGAACCACAUAAACUAUUUAGAAAAAUUUCUCUAUCAGAU